CUCAAAGAGUCGAGACAGAGAACAGCGGAGCAGAGCUAGCCCAGAGUCGACAACCAUGUGCAAGGUCAUCAGCACGGUCCAGUCUCUCGCCUGUCUGCGCCGCGCCGUGCGACGGUGGUGCUGCCGAGCGGCGGCCUCAGUGCGGCCCGUAAAGGACAUGCUGGACGCCGCCGUGCCGGCGGGGCACGUGGCCGUGCGCGUUCAGAGCCGUGGCCACGGGGAGUCGUCGUCGAUGCGGUUCCUGGUGCCGGUGGCACAGCUGAGCCACCCCGCGUUCCGGGAGCUCCUCCGGCAGGCGGAGGAGGAGUACGGCUUCCCGUCGACCUCCGGGCCCCUCGCGCUCCCCUGCGACGAGGACCACCUCCGCGACGUCCUCCGCCGCGUCUCGUCGUCUGACUCCGACGACCGCCCCUCCUUCCCUCGCCGCCGCGGCGUCAUGGCGGCGCCGCACAAUGACUCGCGGCCGCUGCUGCAGGGGGUGGCCGUCGAGAAGCUCGUCUCGUGAUCGAUCGGUCGUUCGUUCGUGCGCCCAGACUCUGUACAUUGCAGAGGCGGGACAGCCGUGUCCAUUUGGUCCUUUUCCUGCAGGCCAGUUAGCACUGCGCGCGCGCCCAUGCCGCGGCGCCGUGCCAUCCAUGGCGACGAGUGCGCGCGCUGAAACCGGGCAAGACUUUGCAGACUCGUGACAGGACAGUUACAACUGACAGAUCACCCCGAUGAUGUAAAUUAGCAGUAGUACUAUCCUGCAUAUCACUCCAUUAGUCGAGCUGGUAUUACAAAAUGU